CGCAGCGCCGCGGACAGCAUAUAAAACCAGCGGGUCACUCGGAUCGCCAUUUGGUCCCAAGAUGGCUUCGCGGUGGAAAUUCUUCCUUUUGGUCCUCUGUGCUCAAGGAGCGCUUGCAUCACUGCUGGAUGACAUAAUUUACGAAAGCGGGGAAAUUGAGGAUUCUGAGGAGAGUAGCAUCGAAGAUCUUAACGAACGGCUGUACGAGGAUUUAGCAUAUACUUACGCUCCCUUUAUUAGGUUCCACAAGAAGGAGGGAGAAGAAGGCUUUUGCUUCCCCCAUGAUGCUGGGGAAUACUACAACCACCGGGUAGCAGGGGACUGGUCGAGGCUAUGCAACGAGGACUACCAGACUAUCAAGAAUAAUGAGAUACCGACUUACUGGCAUGCUAUGGAGUGCAGCGGACAUUUGCAUAUUGCCUACUGGUCCUUCUACGGCUACAACCACAACUGCGACUGCUGUUCUGGUGAGCGAGACGCCUGGUGGGAAUUUGUUGUUGUGAAGAUCCGCCAAUUCGACACUGAGUUCGCCCACCUGAGUGAGGUCAUGUUCGGUCAGAAGGAGGGGUGGUACACACGCGUCUUCAGUCACUAUGAGGUCUUCAACGCCACCCACCCCGUCGCCUAUGUUGGGCGGGCGAGCCAUGGGUUCUACCAUGAUGAUGGAGGUUCAAAUACGUGUUGUUAUUUUGAGGAUACGAGGAAUCCAGGUGAUGCCAACCAGUACCUGAUGAGCUGGGAGAACCUCGUGCGGCUGACGACUGAGGGAACCGGAGAACCUUGGAUGGCAGACCCGAGUACUGACUAUUGGAACGGUCUCCAGGCACCCACGUUCAGGAAGGACUGGUAUUUGUGCAACCUCGUCGGGUGCAGCGGGUCGUUCCUUGGGGCUGCGGGACCUCCGGCUGCGCCAAGAGUGACACCGGAGACGACCCCUUCUGAGGUCCUUCCGCUCGAAAGAGACGCUCGCUUCUUGAUGUCUUUGCUCUCGAGUUAUUUGUUCAUUUGUCUAAGUGAUAACAGGCGUUCGUAUUUUACUUUUUUUUGUUGUUUUGUUGUUCUUUUGUUGUUUUGUUAAGAUUUGUAUAUGACUUUUUCAGUUUGGUUUAUCUGCAAUUUUGGUUUAUUUUCACGAUUGUAGCAACUGCUCAUCUAUAACUUCUGUGAUAUGUAAUUCUUGUGACCUGGAUAUAUUGCAUUUUCGCGAAAUCCGAUGAUAUUGCAACGA